AUGGCCAGUGAUUUGCGAACUUUGUUGAAGCGUGAACGCUUGCUUCAGCAAAAGGUGGCUAUCGUGGAGAAGUUUGUGAUAGCAUUUGACAAGGAUCGUGACGAGUGUGAAGUAGAAGUGCGACUUAAUGGCCUAGAAGAAGUGUAUGUGGAGUUUUUCGUGCUACGUGAGAAGAUUGAGUUGCUGAUGGAGGAUGAAGAGGACGAUGGAGACGACAUCGAUCCUGCUGAGAAGGAUGCAACUAACCGUGAACAACAGAAUUUUCUUGCCGCCGAAAACUUCGAAAACCGCUACUGCAAGUUGAAAGUUGCCCUGUUGAAACUGCUUCCACCAAAGGAUCCACCCCAGCGCAGCAGUGGAACCCCUGCUGAGCAAGCCACUACUCAUUCCAAGGUGAAGUUGCCGGAAAUAAGCUUACCUGUGUUUAGUGGAAAACUAGGAGAGUGGGUGAUGUUCCGUGAUACUUUCCGCAGCCUAAUCCAUCAAAACGGGCAGUUGAAUCCGAUGGAUAAAUUUACCUACCUGAGGACGUCGCUUACGGGAGAUGCUCUGAAGGAAAUCAACACCAUCGAACUCUCGGCUGCCAACUAUGAGGUUGCGUGGAAGGUUCUCCAAGAACGCUAUGAAAACAAGAAGCUGAUCGUUAAAGCGUAUUUGGAUGCGCUGUUUUCACUGGAGCCACUCAAGAAGGAGUCGUACGACGGACUGAAUCACCUCGUCAGCGAGUUCGAAAAGAACUUGCAGAUGUUGGACAAGGUAGGCGAGCAAACAGCCCAGUGGAGUACUAUUCUCGCCUACAUGCUUUGUGCCCGGAUGGAUACAGCAACGUUGCGUUUAUGGGAAGCGCACCAUAAUUCCAAAAACGUGCCGAAAUACCAGGAUUUGGUAACUUUCCUUCGCAAUCAGUGUUCCGUCCUGCAGUCAAUAGCUCCGUCGAAGUCUACCAGUUCCGAUCAACGCCAGUCGAAGAUUGCUGUGUGCCACGCUGUGGUGAAGAUGUCCAACAAAUGUCCAUUUUGUGGCGAGUCUUGGCAUUCUCCAUUUCACUGUACCAAGUUCCAGAAAAUGAAGGUCACGGAGCGCAACGAAGCGGUGAUGAAGAGCAAGCUAUGUCGGAACUGCCUGCAUCCUGGUCAUUUCUCUAGGACGUGCGAUAAAGGUGUCUGUCACCACUGCCGGCAGAAACACCACACCAUGCUGCACUUCACCCCGGGAGUUCUCGAACAAGCUCAAGUUCCGAGUCUCCCCCACAUUCUUAUCAGUGCAAGGCAUUGGGUUUGCUCCUGA